ACGGGCUGGCAGCCAAGUCGGAACGGAACAGCAUCGCGGAAUGUUGUCGGGGCCACUUUCCGCUUACGGGCUGAACACGAUCGUUUGUGCGAUGCCAUUGGACCACAAAUUCAUGAAAGCGUAAAUUCAACUCUUGCGCCUGGACCAGGUGCGCUUUCUGCUGCCUGCCUGUGCCUCCGCUGGCGCUCUCGAGGAGUUCCGAUUUGCGGGACGACUCGGGCGAAGACUUUCUUUCGCGCUUGGUGGCCUGGAGCUGUGUCACAAUCCAGAAAUCGAGAAACGGGCGAGGUCCGAAGGUUGGGGUCCGAGGAUUUCAUAAUUGCGAUGCGUUCGUGCGGGACUGAGUCGUUUCGAAAUGCGGGCAGACGAAACGAGCAGGUUUUCCAUCUCGUCUUUGUUUUGUUGACCGUGCGGUAGUGGCUCUCGGUGCUUGGCCUGCGUUGCGUUGCUUUCAAGGUUACGAGCUCGACGAGGGAUCAGGGCUUGAUAUCGGCCGGAGAAUCGCUGCCCCUGCGCUCUUUGGAAUUACAGUCGUAUGCGGUUUGGAGAUGGAGAAUCACUUUCUUUUGCUGGAGAGGUCGCUGGAAGGUGGUGUGGACAUUUUAUGAAUGCGCGAGCGGACGAGCGCGGCCAGGUUUUCGGGGACGCAAGCGUGCUUGAGAAAUGUAGCACGAAGCUCUGAACCUCGUGGACGAACUAUUUUGUUAAAGAGGACCAAAAGUCACACAGGGCAAAGGUUUAGAAUUCUGAUCGAAGGGAAGCGAAGUGAUGCAAAAUUCUUCUGAGUUUUGCAUCAUCUUCAUCCAGGGAUACUAACAUAGAGCUAGAAGAUAUCAGAGAACUGUAGUGGGAGUUCGCAGUACAGUUGAGUUCUGUAUUGAAGGUGUGAAGGCUGAGCGAAUGAAUAUGUUGGGGGAAAGUGACGAAGCUAGGAACAUGGAUGGGCUCGACGAGGAAGAGGAGGAUGAAGACCGAAGUGUCGUAGCAAUUAUUAAUCUCCACUCGGCUCCCUAUCCUUUCCAACAGAAGAUGAACUUAUCGGAUUUGUGUAGAUUUUCCAGUGCAAUUGCUUGGUGCCCAAGGACGAACAUCGUAGCCUGCGCAACGGAGACCUGCGCCAGAGAUCCAGGACUUACACAUCAGCCGGCUUUUUGGAUUCCAAUCCAUGUGGUGGAUCCCGAACGCCCGUCUGAGCAUGCAAUUUUCAACGUGAUAGCCGAGUCACCGGGAGAUGCUGUACAGACCAUGGAAUGGUCCCCUUUAUCUUGUCCCCAGGCACUUCUAAUUUGCAAUACCAGCGGAAGGGUGACGAUCUGGUCUCAGCCUACACAAGGCCCUCCGAAUGUAGCAUGCACUAUCAAUUGCUGGAGCUGCGAGUAUGAAUGGCAACAAGAACAUGCAGUGGCCAUGAAGUGGCUUGCCGGACCUUCUCCCUAUCGGUGGUCCCCCACGGUAUCGACUGGAGUCACAAAUUCCAAGUCGUACGAAGAGAGGUUUCUAGCCCAUGGACCUCGUCCUUCAGCUCGUUGGCCCGACAUCUUGUGUACUUGCGCCGUAUUCUUCUCUGGGUCUGUCCAGCUACGCUGGCGUCAGUGGCCCCCAAAAAAUUAUGGCCCUGUGAAGUGGCACGCUACUAAUAAGGCCGUGCUAGGUGCUGGACCUAGUGGUGUAUUUUGUGCGGACGCAAUAAUUACAGAUUCUGGAAGCUUGCAUGUUGCCGGUGCUCCUGUCGGGCACCCAUCAACUCUAGUCGUCUGGGAGGUUAGCCCAUGGGUCGUCAAUCCUGGUGGUGCUAAUCAGCAAGCUGCGAAGUAUAGCAUGGGUGUACAGUCACCCCUGGGAUUUGGUCCCCCUUCAUGGCCCGGCGUUGCUCCGUUAGCUGCGUAUCUUUUGAGUUGGCAGGAGCAGGCAGGCAACGAUGUCAAAGUUUCUCAAGCUCAAGCUCAGUUGGAGAAUGACGAAAAAGCAGCUCCUCUUCUUCACUGCUCCCCAGUGUCGAACUUGUCUGGUUACGUUACUCCCGACGCCUCAACAUUGUCAACUUGGGGAUCGGGUAUCGCUGCUAUAGCUUUCGAUCCCUCACGUGGUGGCAACGCAUUGGUGACAGUAAUCUGUGAAGGUUAUUUUAUUACUCCAGAGUCCCCAGAUGAUGGACCUUCCAUGACUGGAUGGAGGUUUCAACGAUGGGAAUCGACCAGACAGCAAGUUGCCAUUCACCCUCUGUUUGAGAGUCAGUCUGCGAGCUACCCUCCUCCUACUUCUCAUCCAAUGAUAACGUCUUGGACUGCCGUUUCAAACAAAAGCAUGACACCGAGGGGAAACAAUUACAACCCGACUUUGGGAUCCGUCUUGUUGUGUGAUCCGUCGAAACGUAGGACAGAGAUCCUAGUGAGUCGAGAGCGGCCGAAGAAUCCGAGAACUAUUGCCAGAAUCACUUUUGCAAAUCAUGGUGGAGAGUGGGCUUUGUCUUUGACAACAGGUGAAGUCAUGAUCUACUCAGGGUCUUCUAUUACGCCUCUUGAGACCUUCGUGGUUCGAGUUGGUAUGCUACUUCCGCCGAGCGUAGCAUUCUCGCCGACAAGUUGCUGUGUCGCAUCUGUAUGGCACGAUAAGCAAGCAGACUGUAGUUUGUUGAAAAUUUGGUGUUUGGACCCACCUACUCCAGCGUCCCUACAAGGAGGAAGUGCUGGUUCUUUGACUUGGGAACGCCAUAUAGCAGACAGAUUCUGGUGGAGUCUUGUUUGUGAAGUCGAUUGGUGGGACAUUGUUGCAUGUACUCAGUAUGUGACAGAAUCCGGAACCGUCACAGUUGCCCGGGUGGCAGCAGUUCUGGAUGCAGAUUUUCACGCCCUUCCGAAUGUUCUACAUCGUCAGCAUUAUGGCGUGGCACUGGAUCAGAUAAAGAGUCGGAUGCUGGAGGGCUUUGAUACUGCUGACAAUAGGGCGCUAGUUCUCGAUAUGCAGGCAAGAUUGAGUUUAGAUGCGCUUGGAAAGGGCAUAGAAUCGGCCCUGGUAAGCCCUGCGACACUUGUUCCAGAACCUUGGCUGGCGUCGAGCGAAGUUUUAUCAGGUCUUGGACCUGAUGCAAUGGCAGUUGAUACUCACCUUGUUCCAAAUGUACAGGCCUAUGUUGACUCUAUCCUAGACCUCGCAUCGCAUUUCUUGACUCGACUUCGACGUUAUGCUACCUUUUGUCGUACUCUGGCUACUCAUGGAGGUGCAAAUCUCAAUGCGAAUGCUGCUAAUCGAGCGGGUGUGAAUUCAAGCAAUGGUGGACCGUUGUCAGCACAAACUGGACAAGGUCCAGGUGGUCAAGCCGGUGCAGGCAGUAAUGGGACAGCAUCCACUGUGCAAUGGUUGCAAGGUGCAAUGGUUGCCAAAAUGAACAACACUGGAGAUAGCACAACUGGCAAUCCAUCUAGCACUGGGUUAAGUCAAGCCCACGCUAUGGGCGUAGGAAGUGUAACAUUCCCUGGAAUUCCUGCUGUACGACUUAUUGGAGAUUGUCAGUUUCUUCACAGGCUCUGCCAGCUACUAUUUUUUUGUCUUAUUUUUCGGAAAAGGCAAUCUCCACGCCAUGUAACAGCAACAUCCAGAAUGUCAGGAGAUGUCGGAGGUGCUGGAGUUAAAAAUGUCAAUGGUAUUGUGACCAAGGCGGAAGACAGUAUGACUUCAGGAAGUACAGUAACGAGGUCAGGUGCUGUUGCUCCUUUUGUGAAAUCGGAAGAUGGUUCUGCAAGACCUCCUGUUGUCAGCAAAGCUGAAGAGGCUGCAAACGCUCGGUCCGCCCGUUCCGGAACUGGAAACGCUGGUCAAGGCUACACAGCAGAAGAAGUAAAGUUUCUCUUCUUGGUGCUUGUCGAUCUGUGUAAAAGAACGAGUUCACACGCACAUCCAAUGCCAAAGUCACAGGUCGGAGCCAGUAAUCCUGUGAUCAGGCUGCACUAUGUUGAUGGACAAUAUGCGGUGCCCCCUGAAGUCGUCGAGGCAUCGCUCGGACCACACAUGCAGCAAUUACCACGCCCGCGAGGAGCUGAUGCGGCUGGAUUGCUCAUGAAGGAGCUCGAGCUUCAUGCACCCGCCGAAGAAUGGAACCGGAGGAGUAUGGUAUUUGGUUCUUACAACAAUGCCUAUCAGGCUGAAAUGAUGGAGAUGCUUGAUGAAGAUCAACAUCCAGUUGACUUUUGGCCUAGAAAACGCAGAUUUGCGGAAAGAGACGCUGCUUUUGGUUUCAAUACAGCAAUUGGCCUCGGUAGCUUUGCAGGAUUUAUGGGGUCACGUCGGGAUGUGAUUACUGGUGUAUGGAAGACCGCACAGUAUGGACAUUGGCACAAGUGCAUGCGCUGUGGGAGGAAGACGGCUUCGCUAACGCCUCCAGAUUUGACACUUACACCCUCCGAAACCAUUCCUACGACGAGAGAAGCAUGGUGGACGGGAAGGUGGAGAUUUAAAUGCCCAAUGUGUGGAGGACGAUGGGCAAGGAUGUUGUAGAUUCGAUUGUAGCUAGGCAGGUGUGGGGAAAUGGCCAGCAUUGUACAUAUGUCCAAGCUGUCAAGCAUCUUGUCUUGCAUGACGAAUCCUGAGCAAUAUAGCAAACAAAGCAAACCCCUUACUCUGUAGGUUGAAGUAGUGUUGUACAGUAACCCCAUGGCUGAAAACGGAGGGGAGCACAGGGAGGACGAAGAUGUGAGAGUUAAAAGGAUGUAUGUCUGCAGAGAGUGUGAAGUGUAUGUAACACAAUGUGUUGGAAGACCGGUCACUUACUCAUGUUCACAAUGCGAUCUGUGCGAGUAUCAAGAUUCGCGAGUGCGGGUAAAUUUCUAAAUUUUACCUGUUUCUGAAACCACGAAUAGAGUUUGAUUAACCUAGCAAAUCUAGGUUUGUUUGACUUUAGUGGUUAGGUAGAUCAGCGUAGUUAAAGAUUACCUUACGCAAGUAUGCAAGGCAAUCACUGAGGAGAUAUACAUGAAGACGAGAAGAGACGGGAAUUUUGUUAUUUGGUUAUGACUUGAGAGGGACCUGGAAGUUCAUUU